AUUUACAAAUACUAUUUACAUUUCGUUUAAAAUUUAAUAAAUAUCUAUGUAUUUUUAUACUAUUUAGCAUUUGUUAUUUUAUUGUUUGAAAUUAUAACUUAUUGAUAAGAAAGUAUAACUUACAUGUUUCCACUUUUUUUGAUUUUGCUUUUAUAUUACUAUAAAUAUACCUAGUUGUUGGAACUGAAUCAAAAAUAUUUUAGUGGUCUAAAUAUACAUACACAGCCUACAAUAUGAGAACUAGAAGUAAUUCUGGAGUUCGAUUAGAUUAUUAUCAACGUAUUGUGCACAAAUUGAUCCUAGAUCACCAGCAGCCAGUAACAGGAUUAUUCCCUGCAAGUCCACAGAAUGAUCAUGCUUGGAUCAGAGAUAACUUAUACUGCAUAUUGGCUGUGUGGGGUCUUUCUAUGGCUUUCAAGAAAAUUGCUGAUCAAGAUGAAGACCGUGCCAAAACAUAUGAGUUAGAGCAAAGUUGUGUUAAACUUAUGAGAGGUCUUUUAAUGGCAAUGAUGCAGCAAAAAGAAAAGGUGGAACAAUUUAAAAGCACACAGAAUCCCCUAGAUUCUUUACAUGCUAAAUAUUCAUCCACCACUGGACAGACAGUUGUCACAGACACUGAAUGGGGUCACUUACAGAUUGAUGCCAUUUCUCUUUAUCUUCUAGUAUUAGCACAAAUGACAGCUUCUGGGCUACAAAUUGUUUUCUCUCUUGACGAAGUUGCCUUCAUACAAAAUCUAGUAUUCUACAUUGAAUCAGCAUAUUGCACUCCAGAUUAUGGAAUUUGGGAGAGAGGUGAUAAAACCAACCAUGGUUUGCCCGAACUAAACGCAAGCUCAAUUGGGAUGGCUAAGGCUGCUCUUGAGGCUAUGAAUGAGUUGGACCUUUUUGGGGCCCGGGGAGGGCCAUCUAGUGUAAUUCAUGUUUUGGCAGAUGAGGCGCAGAAAUGCCAAGCUGUCUUACAAUCAAUGCUUCCAAGAGAAUCCAACAGCAAAGAGCUGGAUUCGGGGUUGCUAUCCAUUAUUAGCUAUCCAGCUUUUGCUGUGGAUGACCCCAACUUAAUAGCUAAAACUAGAGAUACUAUAGUCAACAAACUUCAAGGAAAAUAUGGUUGUAAAAGGUUUCUUAGAGAUGGGCAUAAAACUCCCAGGGAAGAUCCAAAUAGAUUAUAUUAUGAACCAUGGGAAUUGAGAAUGUUUGAGAACAUUGAAUGUGAGUGGCCACUGUUCUUCUGUUACCUUAUACUUGACUAUUGUUUUCAAGGAGAUAAAAAUAAUAUAGCUGAAUAUAUGCAAAAGUUAGAAAAAAUUAUGAUUAGAAAAGAUAAUGGAAUGAAGUUAGUCCCGGAACUGUACUCUGUGCCAGCUGAUAAAGCCCACCUUGAACAAAGUGAACCUGGCACACAGGAAAGAAUACCCAUGGGAAGAUGUCCUUUUAUUUGGGGACAAUCUUUGUACAUACUCGGGAAAUUAUUGCAAGAGGGUUUCCUAGCUGUUGGAGAACUAGAUCCAUUAAACAGAAGGUUAUGUUCGGAAAAGAAGCCAGAUGUUGUGGUUCAGAUUGUGAUAUUGGCCGAAGACAAUGAAAUUCGGGAUAAGCUGCUGGAAUAUGACUUACAUGUUCAAACUAUAAAUGAGGUGGCUCCAAUAGAAGUGCAGCCCGCUAGAGUACUAAGUCACCUGUACACAUAUUUAGGUAGAAAUAAAAAGUUGGGCCUGUCGGGUAGAAAAUCUCGCGACGUGGGCAUUCUAAGUACAAGCAAGCUGUAUACAUUAAAUGACCGCAUCUUCGCGUUCACACCGCAGAAUUUUGACUACGAGGAGUACUACAUGACUCGUGACCCGGCGUUGCUUGCAAGCACUUUUACGGCGAACGUUGCGUUCCUCGGCAUGAGUUGGAAACAAAUGUUAGGACGGCCCACCAUCACAUUACUUGCCACCCAGUAUUUAUUAGAUCAAGGUAAAAUACCAAUGGCAAUGAUAACAACAAUGAAAAAAUUAAAAUCAGGUUAUAUAAAUGGAACAAGAGUUACUCUGGGGAAUCUCGGUGAUUUCUUAAGUACUUCUGCAAUAACAAAUUUAAGCUUUCUUGGUAGUCAAGAAGAUGGCUAUCCGGACAAAUUGAACCCUCAAGUGCAAAGCUACCUGGAGGAACAUUUAUUGAAGUCGUUUAGCAAUAAGUUCAGUUUUAUGUCGCGACCGUCUGGCUCACGCAGCCGUACUCUUCGACGCAGGAUGUCAGUUCGAGGGGCGAUUAAGAAGACCAGAUCUAUCAAUGUUGACUCUGACACAUUGGGAAUGGAAAGAGAGAACACUGGAUCCCAUGGUCCGUUGGAAAGGAAACCUUCCUGGCUUGAUGUUGAUGUCACAUUUGGCCGCAGCCCAUCACCCGAAGAUGCUAAAAAGAGAGCAUUUACAAAGGGCACAUCUACUACAAGCCUCAUAGUAACACCAACUAUUGAAGUAACUAAAGAGAAGUCACCAACCCCACCGAAAGAAGAAGUGGUGAACAAGCCAGCCCGCAACCGCACGGCUUCUGAGAACAUCGUGUACGCCGAGCAGGAGACAGACGAGCUGAUCGCGAUGCUGCGGGAGACAGAGAACCUGGAUGAGCAGGGUGAUAUACUGCAGUAUCUGGUGGACACGCACGGCCUCGACUUUAACACGGGUAUGUUCGAGAACGGUAAGCCGGUGACCGUCAAGGAUCUGCUCAAAGUGCUAUACGAGAAGGCGUGUACUCAAAAGCUGUGGGGUCUUGUACGUCACUCGGCCGGGAUGCUCGGAAAACGUGUGGAAGACCUGGCGAAGGCUGUCACGGACUUGCUUGUGAGACAGAAGCAGAUAACAGUGGGCAUGCCACCGAGUAAUGAAUAUACCAUUAUUGCACCGCUUCCCGAGAACGAAUUGCGGCAGUUGAUUCAUUGCGCGUAUGGAGACGACGAGAGUACUGCUAUGUUGACGCAAGAGUUGUUAGUGUACCUGGCCAUGUUCAUCAGGACUGAGCCACAGCUGUUCCUGGAGAUGUUGCGGCUUCGUGUGGGGCUCAUCAUUCAGGUAAUGGCAACGGAGCUAUCACGUACACUGUCGUGCAACGGUGAGGAAGCAUCAGAACAUCUACUGAACCUGUCACCAUUCGAAAUGAAAAAUCUCCUCUACCACAUCCUGAGUGGAAAGGAGUUUGCCAUUAACAGUGCUAAUUCACUUUUCGGUAUAACGGAUAAAGUUAACAAAGUUGGGCGCGGCAACUUUUCAAUUGUAAGCAACAAAUCUAAUCGUUAUGGGAAGAAAUCUCAGAUAAUUCUGGAGGGGCAGAAUCUUCAAAGUGGCAUCGAGGAAGCAACGCCCAUAGCGGCCGAGCCGGACCGUCAAGGGCAAUGGUUGAGGCGUCGUCGGCUAGAUGGAGCACUGAACCGGGUCCCUAGGGACUUCUAUCCUAAGGUCUGGAUGAUUCUGGAAAAGUGUCAAGGACUCGUCAUUCAGGGGAAAAUACUGCAACCGAAUCUGACCCAAGAAAUGACACCUGGGGAGUUAAAAUUUGCGCUCGCGGUGGAGACUGUUCUCAACUCCAUCCCGCAGCCCGAAUACAGGCAGCUGGUUGUAGAAGCGCUAAUGGUGCUGACUCUGAUUGUAGAGUACAAGACCAUCAACCACUUGGGUGCCAUGAUAACGGUGGAACAUCUGGUGCAUAAGGCGAAUCAGAUAUUUCUGGAUGAUCAGAUGCGUUGUAACGGCGACGCGACGCUGUGCUGCGCCGGCGCGGGCCCGGGCGGGGAGGUGUGCGGGGGCGCGGGGGGCGUGUGCCAGCUGCUGUACGACAGUGCCCCGAGCGGCAGCUACGGUACCAUGACGUACCUGGCGCGCGCUGUUGCCGCUCUGUUGGCCGAGCGCCUGCCGCAGGACACGCCCAUACAGUGCAAUGUCACCUAACACGCUAUUACUAUACCUACUCUUUAGGCUGCAUUUUUUGCUCGACGUAGUGCGUACGGUAUUAGUUAUUUAUGCAACUGUUGUGCAAUAAGGGGCAUUAAAACACGAAUGUGGAUUUGUUAUUGUGAUAAUAGUAUCACAUGAGUGUUUUAAUACCUAAUUAUCAACAGUUGCAUACAAGACUUUAUCUAGAAUAUGAAUCCUCUAAAUGAUUCUGCAACAGUUAGCUUACUGCUAACAUUAAAAUACAAAUCCUAGUAGUAACCUAAUAUCAUUCAUUACUGAUUAUAAACAAAUAAACUAAGUAUUAAUGAAAGAAUUAUUUAUUUUAGUAGUAAUUUACAUAUUGUAUAGUUUAAUAAUUAAAAUUCACUCUAAUAUAAUGUUCCUUUGCAGCGUUUAAAAUGAAUCGCUCAUUUUUUGUAAACAAAACAAUAAAAAUAUCAAAGAAAAAUGGCGGGGAUUCGAAUAAAAUACUUUUGCAAUAAGCUAACUGUUUCAAAAUGUUUAAUAGAGGAUUUAAAACAUGGGUGUAGAUAAAAUACGUUUACGGCCGUUCCCAAUAUACUAUCUACAGAUAAAGAUAAAUUACCACCUUCUACUGUCAACAAUCUGAAGCUGUUCCAAUAUACCCGAUAAAUCAUUCUUAUCGCCUUAUAUUGAGAUGCGUGUUGCAAUUUCCAUAGAAAAAUCUAUCGCUGGUAAGCUAUACGUCCUCCCAUUGACAGACAACGUGUACGAGUAAGGUGAGUUAACGUCGAUAAGUUUAUUGGGACAGAAAAGUCAACGAUAGUUACAAUUAUCUCAAGUAGGCCACAACCGGAGAUAGACUGAAUAUUGGGUAUGGCCGUAAGUGCUCAGCUGACAGCAAACUUGAUUGCGCUUGUACAAUUCCGAAGAAAAAUGACCUUAACCUCUUUAAUAAUAAUAAUAAAGCCUUUAUUAAUGAUUUUCCAUUUGAUUUCUACAUUUUAGUGUUAGUAUGUUAGUACGGUUAGUCGACAAACAUGAUUAUUUUAUUAUUAACUUUUAUGUAAGUAAGUUAUAAUGCAUGCACUAUGUUAGUUUUCUUGAUUAUUUUCAAAUGGAUCCCAGUUAGGUAAAGGCCUCCUCCCAACCUCUUUAAUACGAGCACAUAAUACUUACGUAAACGAUUACGGCAUAAAAGACGGAGAAGAUAUCAUUUUUACCCAAUCAUAGAGAGUCAAAUUUAAGGAGAAGUUUAUACAAUAAUUUACGAAUAUAACCGACCGAUGUGAACGCUGUCCGUCGGUCGAGCACUAAAUGCAGCCUUAAAGCUAGGCUUAGAACCAGUUUUAAAAUGUCUAUCUUUUGUUUCGUUUUCUUAAGGGAAUUGUUUUAAAGCCUUAGCGGUUAAUUCCGCGAGAGUGGAAUCAAGACGAGUGUAUCUAACGAUUGGUAAACCGCAACUAUCUAGCCAUAUUAUAAAAAAUGUUAGGUAAAUAUAUUAAUGUCACUAAAAAACAAUCCAAAUGACUCUGUGAUAAAAAAAAAUCUAAACCAUUUUAUUUAAGAAAACGAAAUAACGAACUUAAAUAACAAAUAACUGUAAAUAUUGGUUAAAGGUUAAACAAAACCAAAUAACAAGUUCUCAAUGUAUUUAAACAUUCACCAGAUAAAAUUUGUUUUUAGUUUCCAAGCCUUCCUUAAGGCACAGAUAUUGCUGACCCGGGCAGAUAUUAGUGUGACGAUAUGUAUAAAACAUGUGUGUAAAGUAUUCAACAGGUUCCUUCCAUAUUCUUAAUUCGGGAAUCAAGAAAUGUUUAUCAAUUUAAGAUUAUAUUGAUGUUCAUGAUCAUUUUGUUACAAGAUUGUUCACUUAUUUAUUUGGAUCAUCCAUAUUACAUAUUAUAUAUAAAGUUAUGCUAGGUACAAUUCUGAUAUAUGUAAAAAUUAAAGAUUAACACAUCAUUUGAUGAUCACCUAACAAAUAUUACAAUAAAAAUAUUAAGUUAUUUAAUUUACACUAUAAAAUGACGGUAAACCUGAAUGCUGUUUUGAUAUUUUAUAAGUGUGUAGAUAAAUAUGUUCUUCAAUUGAAUAUUUGCUGUUUAGAGUUGUUCUUAGUAGUUUAGUCAGAACUAAGAAUACAGAAGUGUAAAUUUUAUAGCACCUUAGAAAGAAAUUGCUAAAUGGCUGAUAGCAUUAUUUUAAAUUGUUCGGUUCUGGGGCACGAUAGAUAGCAGAGAGUUUUUCCACACUAUUUAUCAGUAGUUAUGUGCUGUUAUCCAUCUGACAAGAUUAAAUCUACUUAACAACUUGCAAGGUAACAGAAGAAAAAAUCUACUUACUCUCCCCCCACUUUAGGUACCUAGGUUUGAAGUUUAUGUAAUUAUUAUUAUUUAAAAAAAAAAUAUCUCCAUGUGUAUAAAAGCUUCAAGACUCCACUUUUAUAAAAUAAAGAAAAAACGAAAACCUAUGACUGCAAUAAAAGUGGCACACACAUUAAGCAAUUGACAACCAACUGAAUAGAUAUGUUUUCCUAUCUUAAAGGUGCAGAAAGAUCACAUACUCUAGCCCCACUAAUGCUUCAAAAAAUGUUUAUUAUUUAUAAUGUAUUUAUAGUUUAUAAUUUUAAGAAACCAUUUAGAGGUAAAGUCUUAAAUAUAAGUAGCAUCCAUUGUAGUUGAUAAUUCCAAAAUAAAAAAAAUGAACAAUAA